UAGCAAGCGCUUUAUUAUUCAUUCGCCGAAUGUCACGCAAUAAACAAACACGAUAUGGAACCUAAAUUAUUUAUUAUUUUUUGUCUUCUAAUUCCUACAGUUCUGUCUAAAUGUACAAUCAAUGUUGCACAGACUCAACUCAGCAGAUCAGUGUACGAUUUCUCCGUGGAACUAUUGUCCAGGAUUGCUGAAGAAAAUGAAAAUCAUUUUGUUACUUCGACAUUCUCGUCUUGGACCUUGUUAGCUACGAUUUCACUUGGAGCUAAUGGAACAACUUUAACGCAACUAAGAACAGUACUGAAACUGCACAAAAAUAAAUGUUUCAACCAUAAGUAUCUAAAUAUUACCAAGGAUAUUUCGGUUAGCAAUUCGGAAGUAACUGUAGAGAGAAGCUCAGCAGUAUUUGCAGACGAAAAAUUAAACAUUAAGAAAAAAUUUGUGAAAAAAUUGGCCCGAAAAGAGUUGAGCGAAAUCAAGCCAAUAUCUUUUGAAGACGUUGAUAAGGCUGUUGCAGUUAUCAAUGAUUACGUAAGUGACACAACACAUAACAUUAUCGAGGAAAUGGUCAGCGCAAGUGACUUAGAAAAUGUGCAGAUGAUGAUUAUCGACGCUAUCUUCUUUAAAGGUGCAUGGCAAACUCCUUUUAAAGUUACAGAUAUACAAACAUUUUACAACGAGAAAGGAGACCCAGUUGGACAUGUUACUAUGAUGCAUCUAUUAGGGAGUGUUAACUCUGCUUACAUAAAUCAGAUUAAUUCUUUGGUUUUAGAACUGCCUUACGGAAAUGAUGGAAGAUAUUCAAUGUUAAUUAUAUUGCCUGAUGACAAUAUAGACAUACCUAUUGUUAUACAAAGUUUAAAGAAAAUAAGUUUGGUUACAGUGUUCAAACAGUUAGAAAAUGAAUAUACGGCUGUUGCAAUACCGAAGUUUAAGAUAUCGUCGGAUUUAGAUAACUUGAAAGAACUUUUAAUUGAUAUGGGUUUGAAAGAUAUGUUUGACAGCGCUCGUGCGAGUUUCCCAGAUAUUUCGGAUACUACUGCUCUUUACGUGACAUCUUACAUGCAGAAGGCAUUUAUUGAGGUCAACGAAGAAGGGACAACUGCAAGUGCUGCAACCUCAGCAGGGUUCGGUUCUCGAAGUGGGCCUUUGAAGUUUACAGCGGAUAAGCCCUUUUUGUACAUGGUGGUUGAUAAAAAACUUCUAGUGCCGUUAUUUGUUGGUGCAUAUUCAAAGCCUAGUGAAAUAUGAAUAUUAUAAAUUAAAAUCUAGAGAA